UUUUUAUCGAUGUGAAGGUGGCAUUGUGUGACAUUCGAAGUGUGCGCAUCUGAACUUGUGAGAAUUGGGAGCUAAUUCUAGUGUCGCGUGGUCUGUGUUACCAACUCGCGCAAGCUGCUCGAGUGCAGUAAUCGUUGUCUGCAAAGUCUUUACAUCGUGUGUAAUCUGGCGGUUCAACGAUCGAUUUUCUUCUGAGUUCAAUCCUGGUGGGAUUACGAUGCUGAAAUUUAUCCGUGGCAAAGGCCACCAGCCGUCGGCCGAGCGAGUCCGACUCCAGAAAUUGCUCUUUAAAUUUAGAAAGACCGUGCAACACGGAUUCCCGGGGAAACCAUCGGCGCUCGCCUACGACCCGUCCUUGUCGCUUCUCGCCGUCGGCACGAAAUUCGGUGCCAUCAAAAUGUAUCCUUUUCAAUUCUCAACGCCAUCUUGGCUACUUUUAAACACGUAUCGUACACGUUUGUUGGGCUAG